AACAAGCAUAUUUGUUGUAGAUGAGGCGUCGUGAACAGAUUAAAUAAAUCCACAUCAAUCCUGGCGGUGUUACUUUAAGAGAAAACACUUCCGACACGGGAGCACUUUUCCUCCAAACCUCGCUUGUGUAAAAUAGUCCCUCAGCGUCCUGACAGGUAGCCAAUGGGAUUGCCUUCUCGCGCGAGCCCGCACACGAGCCUUUCGCGUGCGGGCGCGCGGGCUCCCUAUAAAUAGACCCCCAGGUGGGGCCGCAGGAGCGGAGGUGUCAGUGCGGCGACGCGACACGAGUCACUCGGGACGCACGUCACCGGUAAACUGCUGCGGGGCGUGAAGGCGGCACACACUGCACCGGACGGACUUGUUUUUUGUUUUGUUUGUAUAUUUGUUAUUGAUACUGUGAUACGGUCACUAAUCUAAAGUGUAAAGUUCGGAGGAGUUUCAUCUGUGAGGAUGCCAGCCGGUACUUUGGAGAGAGCGUCUCUCACCGCCGCUGCGGCCACACCGGCGCGCGGGGACUCCGGGAAGCCUCGUGCUCUGACAGAGAACAGAAAGUCUUCCAAACCUAUCAUGGAAAAGCGGAGACGUGCGCGCAUCAACGAGAGUCUGGGCCAGCUGAAGACGCUCAUCCUGGACGCGCUCAAGAAGGAUAGCUCCAGACAUUCCAAACUGGAGAAGGCGGAUAUCCUUGAGAUGACUGUGAAGCACCUCAGGAACUUGCAGCGACAUAGGAUGACUGCUGCGGUGAACACGGACCCGUCCGUCCUGGGUAAAUACGGCGCCGGGUUCAGCGAGUGUGUCGGAGAGGUCACCCGUUUCCUUUCUACGUGUGACGGGAUGAAUACGGAGGUGAGGACUCGUCUCCUCGGCCACCUGGCGUCCUGCAUCACCCAAAUCAACGCAGUGAGCUUCUGCACACCUCACCCAGUUGCCCUGGGACUGGGUCAGACCGCUGCACAGAUUACAGCUGCCUCGGCUCCACUGAUGCCGUCCAAAAGUGGCUCGUCAACGCACGCUUCCCCAGAAGCGAUAAAGCCGUACGGUGGCUUCCAGGUGGUGCCGACGAGGGAUGGACAGUUUGCUUUUCUUGUUCCCAGCACAGCUCUCUUGCCUCAAAACAGUCAUCCCGUGUCACCGGUUGCACCUCGGGUCACCCUGGACCCUGUGUGGAGACCGUGGUAGGAUUUCAGCUCGGCUGGGGGCUUUUUUGAGGAAAAAGGACUAUCCCACAAUAAAGCAUAUUUUUGUACAUUUUGUAAAUGAUUUUGAAACCUACUUGAGAA